CAGCCAACAAACAACGAGCAGUUUGCUUUCCGUCUUCGUCCUGUCUUUGCCAGUUGCCAGUCGCCACCCGCGUCGUCGUUUCCGUCGGCGUGUGAAACCCUAGCGAGGCGAUCUCAAGAGGCCAGCGGCGAUGUGGGGGUACCAGAAGGCGCCGGACCUCGAGGCCGGCGGGUCGGAGCUGCUGUACCCGGGGAUGACGGAGAGCCCCGACCUGCGGUGGGCGUUCGUCCGCAAGAUCUAUGUCAUCCUCUCCGUCCAGCUCGCCAUGACGGCUCUCGUCUCCGCCUUCGUCGUCAAGGUGCCCGCUAUCUCCUUGUUCUUCGUCUCCUCCAACGCCGGGAUCGCGCUCUACAUCUUCCUCCUCAUCCUGCCCUUCAUCGUGCUGUGCCCUCUGCACUACUACCACCAGAAGCAUCCGGUUAAUCUGCUGCUGCUCGGCCUCUUCACCGUCGCCAUCAGCUUCGCCGUCGGCAUGACAUGCGCCUUCACCAGUGGAAAAGUCAUUUUGGAGGCUGCAAUUCUUACAGCAGUGGUGGUGAUCAGCUUAACUGCUUACACUUUCUGGGCUGCAAAGAGGGGCCACGACUUCAACUUCCUUGGACCCUUCCUGUUUGCUGCUCUCAUGGUGCUCAUGGUGUUUUCACUAGUCCAGAUCUUUUUCCCACUGGGCAAGAUCUCUGUGAUGAUAUAUGGUGGACUGGCGUCGCUUAUCUUCAGUGGCUACAUCAUCUAUGACACGGACAAUAUCAUCAAGCGCUACACAUAUGAUGAAUACAUAUGGGCUGCAGUUUCACUCUACCUCGACGUCAUCAACCUGUUCCUGUCUCUGCUGCAAGUGCUGAGGGCAGCGGAUAGUUGAGCUUGCCAAGCUUUCUCUUGAGAACGUACAUUUGUGCAUAUCACAAAUUCCAUGAAUGCUCAUGGGUACUCCAAUUUCUAAGUAGAUUCUGUCGUUGCUACCGUAGUUAAAACGUUGUGUAUGGAACCACCAAAACUGUUUACCAGCUUCUGAAAAGAUGAAAUGCAGUUUUAUUUCUAUGCACGAUCAGAGUA